UCUGUCUACUGUUUCUCUGUUUUUCUUUUCUUUUUGUUUGUUUUCUUCUGGCAAGAGUCUUCCAUGUUCAACAUGCUUACGGAGGGUAACACUGACAAGUCGACCAUGAUUUGCCCUCCAAUUAUUCAUAGUCCUGUGAAAUCCAACUUCAAUGAUCCAUAUUCCUUCCUACAUCAAAUCACCCCAUUCUUGAUUAUGAUAACCACAAGCCUUCUUUUGAGUGGAGCACACUUUUAGUUCUGGCUACUUUGAGCUAAGUGAUUGGGUUUAUCAAUUCGACUUGAUAACGCAGAAGCUCUGAGAUAAUUCCAAAAAAAGGUCCCAAAGCGCGGGUGUGGCUUUCCAUGAACCUGAAUCAGAAUUACUUGAAGACCCAUGAGACUGAAUCGAAUUGCAGGGGACUAUUCUCAUUUGGGACAGUGUGGUGGAAGGAGCACAAAAACCUGCCCAUACGUAAAGAAGAGUCUUGUUAUUCUUUCUGUGAUUCCAUCUGUGAUUCCAUUUUAUCGGGUUGGAUGAACCUGCUCAUAUGUAGUAGUGAUUGAAUUUGCUGCAUGCGAUUCAAAUUUUUAAAGUCACUUACCAAGGGAAGGACAAGACGAAUAUCAAGGUGAUAAUUGAAAGCAAAUUGACGCGAAUAGGUAAAUAUAGGGGGACCAUUAGUCCACAACUGAAGGCAAGGACCACAGCAUGCCUAUAGGCAACAAAAGUCAGCCCUUAUAAAGUUCUGAGAAUAGAUUUUGAUUGUUAGGAUAGCAAUGGACAGAACUGAGCACUCUUGAGAAGUGGUGGGGCUCUGUUUAACCUUAGAUGAUUACAUGGUUGAUCUUCAUGUGAAUUGCUUUGUAUAAAGAUCCUUUCAUGCCAAAUCAAUUGAAUAUACCUCAUUUCAUUGCCCCUCAUUUGCUAACAGCUUUAGAAGGAAGACAUGGCAAAGAAAACUCUUCUUUGUAUUCUGGAACUAUCAAUGAUCCUUAUAGGUUCCGGUUGGAUUUCUCUAUGGCUUCUAAAGCCCACAGAUCUAUGGACAAGAAAAUGGAAAGGUGCAGAGGACAGAGCUAAAAGUACAGUGUUCGGAUAUUAUGGUCUUGAUUUUGCAGUCUACACGUUUCCUGUAAUUUCUCUGGCUGUGAUAGGACUUAUUUACUUAUAUUUGAAACCCAUAGAGCCAAGAAGAAGACAAGCAGUGCGACCAACUACAACUUUUGCAAGUCCUCUGGUUGUGAAGACCUUUAUCGGGGUAAUAUCCAUCAUUGAGGUCUUGGCAGCAUCUCUAUUUGUCAUAUUUCUAGCAUGGACGUUUUAUGCCCGUGUCUCUAAGGACUUGAAGAAGUUGAUGCCAAUCAAAACACUGAAGAUGAGUAUAUGGCAACUCAAGUGUCUAAGAGUGGCAACUCGGUUUGGUUUAUUAGCAGAAGCCUGCCUCGCUUUGCUCCUUCUCCCCAUCUUGAGGGGCCUGGCCUUAUUUCGGCUAGUUGGUGUCCAGUUCGAAGCCUCAGUGAGAUACCAUAUCUGGCUUGGGACUACCAUGAUAUUCUUUGCUACUAUUCACGGUGUAGGCACCUUGUUUGUAUGGGGUGUCAGCAAUUACAUUCAAGAUGAGAUAUGGAAAUGGCAAAAAACAGGGCGUAUAUACCUUGCUGGUGAAAUAGCUCUUGUUACUGGGCUUGUAAUAUGGAUAACUUCACUUCCUCCAGUGAGAAGGAAAAGGUUUGAGAUAUUUUACUAUACACACCAUUUGUAUGUGAUCUUCUUAGUAUUCUUCCUCUUCCAUGCUGGAGAUCGGCACUUCUAUAUGGUUUUCUCUGGGAUAUUUCUCUUUGCCCUUGACAAGCUUUUCCGAAUCAUACAAUCAAGGCCUAGAAGUUACAUUCUCUCAGCACGGGUGUUCCCCUCCAGAGCAAUAGAGCUUACCUUGCCAAAAGAUCCAACAGGGCUGAAGUAUACCCCAACAAGUGUGGUAUAUAUGAAGAUCCCAAGCAUAUCCAAAUUCCAAUGGCACUCCUUCAGUUUAACUUCCAGCUCUAGCAUGCAUGAUCACACAAUGUCUCUUACAAUUAAAUGUGACGGAGGGUGGACAAACGAUCUCUACAACAUGAUAACUGCAGAGCUAGAUUCAGAUGCUGAUGGCAUGAGAUGCAUGCCUGUAGCAAUUGAAGGCCCUUAUGGACCUGCCUCAAUGGACUUGCUGAGAUAUGAAAGCCUAAUUCUCGUUGCGGGUGGAAUUGGGAUAACCCCAUUUCUGAGCAUUUUACAGGAAAUUGAUUCUCUCCAAAACAGCAUCAGAUACAAGGUCCCGACAACAAUACAGCUUAUUUAUGUUGUAAAGAGGUCGCAUGAAAUUUGUCUGUUGAACUCUAUUUCAUCUCUGCUUGUGAACCAGCCAUCCAAGAAAUGGCAUCUAAAACUAAAAGUGUUUGUGACCCAAGAAGAGCGGCCUGUUGCAACCAUAAGAGAACUACUAAACGACUUAUCUCUGAUUCGAACAGUCAACUUCAGCUCAACAGAUUCAAGUUAUCCAGUGCACGGACUAGAAAGUCCACUUUGGAUGGCUGCAAUGGCUGGAUUAGCAUCUCUUGUGUUCCUUAUUUUCAUGGUUUGUUUCAACCAUGUUUUUGUUCAUUCCGACGAGAAGAGUGCUUUCUCUAUGAAGGUAGCUGUUCCGUCCAAAAAGAAAGCCGAUAAAGAAAAGACUCCCUCUUGGGUUGCUGAUCUGCUUAUCAUAUUGUCUUUCAUCUUAGCUAUAACCUGCAGCUCUUUGGUGGCAAUCAUGAUCAGAUGGAGGAGGCUAAAGAAAGAGAUUGUUCCUGUCUCCCAAAAACAAGGCAAACCCUUGGACCUAAGUUCAAUGGACACAAGGGGAGUUGUUGAGGAAGACGAAAUUCAUUUUGGAAGAAGGCCUAACUUCCCAGAUAUACUGUCAGAAUUUGCUAAUGAAUGUGGUGAAGACAACGUCGGAGUCUUGGUCUGUGGACCUGAGACAAUGAAGGAGUCAGUUGCAUCAGUUUGCCGGCUGAAAGCAAAGGGUUUCAUUACAGGUGCCAAGAAGAAGAAACCAUACUUCAGCUUCCACUCCCUCAACUUCACUCUCUAGUUUCAGACUCACAGUUACUGUUAGAUUACAUUAUCACUGAGACCUAAAAAACUAGUCUUCAUAUAUUAGACUACAUCCACCUAUAUAUAUAUGUUGUAUGUCCUAAACAUCGGUAGAAGGCCAAUCAUAGCCUUACUGUAUAUGAUGCAUCUGUAAUAUGUAUGGACUUUUGGGUUUUCCUUUUUGUCAUCAUAUCCUGCAAAUCCUGUAAA